UAUAUUCCUGGUCUUCUACAUUACGUUUUGUUGUCGAUUGUUGCAAGUCUCGCUAAAUCACAAAAAUUUUUGUAUGUCAUGUCCACGAUAAAUAAAUUAUCUGUUGGAAUAAGAAGGUUUCACACAGUAGCCAGCCGAUUGAGGAAAUAUGUAGAGUUGACUUCCGUAAGAUAUCCUCUUUUAAAACGUGGAAAUUUUUCGUUUUUAUCUGAUAGGCACUUAGGAUUUUUCCAAAGCAUCCUAAGCGCUCAUCAAGUUCUUACUGACGAGUUGAACGAUCUUUCAGGAUAUAAUGUUGAUUGGAUGCGUUCAGUAAGGGGUUCUAGCAGGUUGGUAUUACGCCCCAAGACAACAGAGGAAGUUGCAGCAAUUUUGCAGUACUGCAAUGUUCAGAAUAUUGCCAUCUGUCCGCAAGGUGGUAAUACAGGCUUAGUUGGUGGAUCUGUGCCGGUUUUUGAUGAAGUUGUCCUCUCUCUGGAGCUCAUGGAUGAAGUUAUUUCAGUGGAUGAGCUAUCAGGAGUUGCAAUUGUACAGGCUGGAUGUGUUUUAGAAAAACUGGAAACAGUUUUGCACCUCAGCAAUUUGGCUUUGCCUCUUGAUUUGGGAGCUAAAGGCAGUUGCCAAAUAGGAGGAAAUGUGGCAACCAAUGCUGGAGGAAUCCGCCUCCUCCGAUAUGGCAACUUGCACGGAUCGGUAUUGGGUUUGACGACGGUUCUUGCUAAUGGUCAGAUAAUGGAUUGUCUUAAUACGAACAAAAAGGAUAACACAGGCUAUGAUCUAAAGCAACUAUUCAUCGGGUCGGAAGGGACUCUAGGCAUUGUUACUCAAGUAGCACUGCAAUGCCAGCCAAAGCCGUCAUCAGUACAAGUAGGAUUCUUUGGCCUGAAUUCAUUUGAAAACGUGCUUGAAACUAUGCGUCUUUCGAAAACAAACCUUGGGGAAAUCCUGUCAUCUUGCGAACUGAUAGACCAAUCUUCUUUGGAAUGCGUCACAACACAGCUGGAACUACGAUCACCUAUCAAUAAUUUCCCAUUUUAUAUGCUUCUGGAAACAGCUGGUUCGAAUGCUAGUCAUGACGCCGAAAAAUUAAAUUCGUUGUUAGAAAUAUUAAUCAAUAAUGGGACGAUCGUGGAUGGUACCCUGGCUGUUGAUUCUGCUCAGGCCAAGAAUUUGUGGGAAUUACGUGAAAGAAUUUCUGAAGCUUUAGCAUGCGAAGGCUAUGUUUACAAGUAUGACGUCUCUGUGCCCGUUAGACAGUUUUAUCAACUUGUAGAUGACAUGCGAAUUCGACUAGGAAAUUUACCCAUCCGAUGUUGUGGAUACGGACAUUUAGGCGAUGGCAAUCUUCAUCUGAAUAUCACUAGUCACGAAUACAACCCCAUACUGUUAAACAGGAUUGAGCCCUUCGUUUACGAUUGGGUUUGUCAAGAACGGGGUAGUGUAAGCGCUGAACAUGGACUAGGUUUGAAAAAGAGAGACUACAUGGAAUAUUCUAAAUCACCAACAGCAAUUCAUUGGAUGCGACGCGUUAAAAAGCUCUUUGAUCCAAAUAAUAUCCUAAAUCCCUACAAAAUCUUCCCAGAGCAGUCGUCAACUGACUAAUUUUUGAAAUCGAUGCAGCCCGAGCAAGUAUAUCGCGUUGUGUCUGCGGUCGAGUUCGAACAGUAAAAAAUGUGAAAUU